UCCAUCACCCAUUCUCUUCUUGGUUGCGUGCUCCGCCUUUUCCAUUGACUCCGUUUUCUUGCUUCCUUCUUCAUCUUCUUACGGUAUAAACGGGUCUUUGAUUUUUUUUUUUUGAGACUCGAUAUUUGUUUAUUUUACAUCUACUUUUACUCUUAUUCUAUCCUAUUCUAAGGGAUCAACUGGGCCUAUGGACCGACGGGACUGAACUAGAUAAAUGGGUCUUUGAUAAUCUUGCAAAUUUUACUCCGUGAACUUGUAAAACGGUUGCUUCGUUGGGAUUUCACAUGCACAUCGUGUGUUUGACGUUAUUCCUCAGCAAGCUUAACUUGUUAAGCUAGUUAAGAAGUCGAAAGAAAGUUUCUGGGUUUUAUUGUAUGGUCGUAUUUGUAAUGGGUUUCUACGACUGCAAAAUGCUUUCUUUUACGGACAGCAUUGUUGGACCGAGUCAAAAUAAUCUUGAGUUCCUGCGUUGCUUUCUAUGGGGCAAGUCUUUAUGGCAAAUUCCCUCGAGUUUUGGAUGUUCAAAAUCAAAUAAUGGGCCAGUAGUGAUUGUGAAAAAUGAAAUUGAGACGGAGAAAUUUGAGGUCAAACAGGAAGAUAAACCAAGGUUUAGGUGGGUUAAAGUAGGCCCUGAUAUUAAUGAGGACCAGAAACAGGCUAUUGCACAGCUCCCACUAAAGAUGUCCAACAGAUGCAAAGCCUUAAUGAAGCAGAUUAUUUGCUUCAAACCAGAAAAGGGCAAUCUUUCGGAUUUGUUGGCAGUGUGGGUGAAGAGUAUGAAACCCAAGAGAGCCGACUGGCUUCUGACUCUCAAAGAACUGAGCAGAUUAGAGCAUCCACUGUACCUCGAGUUGGCUGGACUCGCUCUCAUGGAGGAAUCAUUUGAAGCAUGUGUGCGUGAUUACACCAAGAUAAUACAUGGUUACGCAAAGCUAAAAAAGGUGCAAGAGGCUGAAAAUACUUUCUUGGCCAUGAAGAGAGGAGGCUUUAUUUGUGAUCAGGUUACUCUAACAGCUUUAGUUCAUAUGUACAGCAAGGCUGGUAACCUUAAGUUAGCUGAAGAUACAUUUGAAGAGAUGAAGCUGCUUGGUGUUCCACUGGACAGGAGGUCAUAUGGUUCAAUGAUCAUGGCUUACAUAAGAGCUGGAAGGCUUAGCCAGGGAGAGAGUUUGCUAAAGGAAAUGGAAGCUGAAAAUAUUUAUGCUGGAAGAGAAGUUUACAAAGCACUGCUGCGAGCAUAUUCCAUGAACGGUGACAGCAAAGGAGCUCAAAGGGUUUUUGACGCUAUUCAGUUAGCAGGAAUGAUACCUGAUGCCAAGGUAUGUGGACUUCUAAUAAAUGCAUACGUUGUGGCAGGUCAGAGCAGUGAGGCCUGUAUUGUUUUUGAGAAUUUGAGGAGAUCUGGUCUUCAACCAAAUGAUAAGUGUGUCUCCUUAGUCUUGGCUGUUUAUGAAAAGGACAACAAGCUGAGCAAGGCACUUGACUUUCUGACAGACCUUGAGAGGGAUGGUUUUCUGCUGGGAAAAGAAGCUUCAGAAGUACUGGUUAAAUGGUUUCAAAGGCUAGGGGUUGUGGAGGAAGUAGAGCAGAUUUUGAGAGAUUAUGCAUUGAGGACAGCUCAAUAAUAAGCAUUGCUUUUGGUUUCACUUUAAAAUUUUCUGCUUAUUUUGAUCUACUUGAAGAACAGUCUUAAAGGCUGAGGUGAUGAAAAAUGAAAACAGCGAACUUUGAACAGUACAACUUGGAGAGUUUAGAAGGUAAGUGUUGAUUGUAAACCUCUCAUAGCAUUUCCUACGCUGCCUUCUUUCCCACCUCCCUGCGUCCAGCCUUCUUCUCUUGCAUUGGAUUCCAAAUGGGCUGUCUUUAUUUAGCUUAAACAGCAGCUGUACAUGUUCUGCUUUGACUUAGUGGCCUUGGUCUUGGCUGCUCUUUUCAGGUCUCUCCUGUGGUUCACACAACUAUACCUAUGAAUUCUGGGAAGCAAUGGAUCAAUGUGCUUUGCUGCACAGUAUUAUGCUUCGCAUACGCAUGUUGACAGUGAGUUGCCUCUGUAUAUGCUGGACUAUAUCUGAAAUGCUGCCUGCUGAAGCCUAAAAGCAUCUACUGGUUGUUUGGCAAAAUAACUUGUAAUGCGUCAUCUGGGACUGGCUCUUUCAACUGAUAUAAAAAGAUAAAAAUGUGACUCAGCACCUCACACUGCUGGUGGGUUAGGGCACCUUGAUUUAGUUAUCAGGCAUAAGGAGACUUUUUAAGCUAAUGUAAUUGGCUACAAGUACAGGUAGCUAAUGUGUAAAUGAUUGAUUUGACUCUUCCUGUGAGACGGUGGCUUGCACAAAGAUUCUAACUUGGAUUUGACUGCUGUUUGGUUUUAAGUUGUGUUAAAAUUCAAGGCUUCCAAUUUGAACAGAAAGGAAGAGUAUCCUUCAUCCGUUACAUCCAAUGCAGUAAUACUACUCUGUUUUUGUUUAAAUUAUUUCAUUUAGCCAUUCAAUUUUACUC